AUGUUGCCACCAGGCUCGUCAGGGGCGGUGGACCCCGAGGACCGCAAAAUCAUCGAGAAGCUCGCGAAAUUGCAGAACAUGUACUCUCAAAUUGGCGACCUUCGGACUUUACUGCCCGAGAAGUUGAUCAACCCGGCAAGGGUGGCUCUGGACCACCCUGGUGAUUAUGAACCGGCAAAGCUCGCUGCCUAUUUGCAGACGGCAGCACAGGCAGGGAGUCGCGACGUUGAGAGAUUCAAGAAGGACUGGCACAGUGACGACGUGCGCGAACUCUGGCAAACCGUCCACGCCAAUGACUUGCCCCAGGGUGGAGAUGCAUGGGCAUUCGACUAUGCCAGUCUUCUGCGGGAUGCUGCUGCAAAUGAGCAGACAUCCACCACUGAAAAGGACGCUAGCCAUGCCUUGCGGCCCCCAUCUGAUGCCGAAACGGCGAAGAUGGUAAAUGACUUUCGUGCAAGGCAUCCAGACGUGAAGAUACACGUGUCCAGUGAAGCAUCGCCCUUGCCAAUCGACAUCAGCGUUUCUCGGUUUGACUUUCGAGUCGAAAAGAGCGAGGCUGCCGACGGGACAACGUACAACGUCAUUGACAAGUCUGGCACAGAAGCGUCUGGUGUAUACGACCUGCGUGCUGACGUCGUUGAGAGCAUUCGAGAGUCGAAAGAGAUAGGCCGGCUUGAAACCCUCCUUGAGAUAAUUUAUUCGUACCGCGAUGUGAUGACGAGACCGUGCGACAAGUGCAAGAAGCUUCUCGACACCAAGAAACUGAAACUCCCGGUGAUUCGACAAGCCAAUCCCUCAACGCAGGACGGCCAGCCGCCAUUCUUGGCACUUCAUCGAGUUUGCAGGUGA